AGAAGCAAGAAGCUGUGGAAGUGCUCAUUCGAUUCGAAGACAGUGUUGUGAAAAUAUCGAUUGUGCUUUGUGAAGUGCUGUGUGUGGAUUCUAGUUUUUUUGCCAGACCGGAAAAUACAAAAUGCUAGGCUCCCGGUGGCCUAUCCUGUGCCUGCCGAUCCUGCUGGCCUCGGUCUGCGGGAGCGACAUCCUCAUGGUCACCAUGGGUGGCACCAAGUCACACAAGAUGCCCUUUUGGGAGCUCUCCAGAGGUCUUAUCAGGAGAGGCCACAACGUCACAUUCAUGAGCGCCUUCCCGCCUGACUUCCACAUCCAGGGCCUGGAGGAGAUAGCCCCCGAAGGCCUGGUGUCCUACGUGAGGAACUAUAUGACGUACGAUCUGGUGGGAGCCAGGAUGAGGGGGGAAGAACCGUUGCCAGUGAAAGAUAUCUUCAGAUACGGAUAUGAGGCUUGCGACGCCUUCUUAAGCGACAUUGAGACGCGCGCCCUCCUCCGUUCCGGUCGGAACUUCGACCUGAUCAUCCUCGACGGCACCUACCCCGAGUGCGCCUUCGGCAUCGUCUACAAACUCAAAGUCCCUUUCAUGUACAUCAACACAGUUGGCUUCUACGCCAUGCCUUUAAGCAACUCAGGGAGCCCUACUCCAUUUUCGGUCACCCCUUUCUUCGGCAAAGCAUACACUGAUAACAUGGGCGUUGUGGACAGAGCUAUGAACGCAGCUUGGUAUAUCGGAGCUUACACCAUGCAUAGCGUCAUGGCUGUGUUCCUCCAAGGAGUGCUAAGGAGACACAUUGGGCCAGAGAUGCCUCAUGUGUAUGAUAUGGCGAAGAAUGUGAGCUUUAUUCUACAGAAUGGCCAUUAUUCUGUGUCGUACCCGCGACCGUAUUUGCCUAAUGUUGCAGAGGUCGCGUGUAUACAUUGCAAGGAGGCGAAGAGGUUGAAUCCGGACAUUGAAGACUGGAUCUCCGGCGCCGGCGACGCUGGUUUCAUCUACAUCUCCAUGGGUUCUUCCGUCCGUACAUCCAAGAUGCCGCUGUCAGUCCAUCGGCUGAUCAUCAACGCGCUCGGCAGGCUUCCUCAGAGGGUGCUGUGGAAGCAGGAUGGGGAGCAGAACAUGACUGACAUACCACCUAAUGUCAGGCUGUACAAGUGGCUACCGCAGCAGGACUUGUUGGGUCACCCAAAGAUCAAGGCGUUCAUCACUCACGGAGGGUUACUCAGCAUGUUCGAAACAGUCUACCACGGGGUACCCAUAGUCACAAUCCCAGUAUUCUGUGACCACGAUGCCAACGCCGCCAAAGCUGAAAUCGACGGCUACGCGAAAAAGCUAGAGCUCCAGCACUUAACAUCGGAAAAGCUUUAUGAAGCGAUCAAAGAAGUCAUAAACGUGCCAAAGUAUAAGGUAGAAGUGAAAUACCGACAAACACUCUUAAGAGACCAGAAGGAAACGCCUUUAGAACGCGCCGUGUACUGGACUGAGUACGUCAUAAGACAUAAAGGAGCGUACCACCUCCAAUCACCAGCCAAAGAUUUAAACUUCAUCCAAUAUUACUUACUAGAUGUCGCCGCUUUGAUUAUACUUGUAGUUUUCACAACAAUAUCACUUAUUACCUAUGUCGUAAGGGUCGGUUUCAAACGGUUAGUCAAAUAUGUGCAGAAUAGACAGAUGAACCAGUUGCUGGAUAAGUCCAACGAUUUGUUAAAGCGGUCGAAGAAACUUAUCGACCACACGGCGAUGUCGAAGAAACAUUUGUAAAAUUAUUGAAAUGUAGGUAAAAGGUACAAUAUUUUUUUGUUAAAGGCAUAAUCAUGCUUGGAGGUUUAUUUUGUACAUAUAAAAAUCCAGUGCAAUGAAAAUUGUUGUGUAAGAAAAAACAAUAAAAUUCUUCAGAAGUAGGUGUUAUUAGGCCGGAAACUAAAAUACGUACAUAGGUAUUUUUUUUGUAAUUUGUAUAUAAUUAUCUUUCUUAGAAACAUCGAUGGGGUGAUUAGAUAAUUGAGAGCGCCAUCUGUUGACCACUAGAAGAAAUAUGCUUUGUUGUCUUAUUUCUGAUCUAUGUGUUUGUCUCUAUUUUUCUCUAAAUCGAACUUUUUAUGCGGAAGUGCACGAAUGGUAUCGGGCAAAAGUUGUGUAUAAAAUUUCCAUUAAUUAGCUUGGUUCGUGUUGAAAAGUCAAUAGAUACAGCUAGUUGAAAUAGCGGAAAGGAAAUUUGUAUUAUUCUUUGUACAAAACUACACAAUAAACACUGUCUGUUCUUAACUGAAGCUAACAUUGCGAUACGAAAAGUUACAGUUAGCUUGCAUUUUCCUUAAAAAACUCUCACUGAAAAACUCGAUUUUUAAGGAUAGAAACGGGUGAUGAGAUCAAAAGCCAGCUGUGCUAAUUACAUAUUAUUUUAUUUUAGGGAUAGGAUAAUCGUGAUAAUAUGUUCGCUCAAAAAUGCCUUUGUAAUAAUAAUGUGAAAAGUAUUUCGGUAUAGUGUAGGUACAUCCAUUCGGAUCGUUUAUAUACAAUAUAUCCAAAUAAAUACAGAUGUACACUUAUUAUAUUUAUAGUUUUGAUUAAUUUUAUAUUAAAUCUAAGCAAAGUGAUCAACGAUGUUUUACAAUAGAUAAAAAUACCCAGUUUCAUAGUCUAAACUAAAUGACCAAGUGAUAUGAUUUAACUAUAUAACCUUCUUUUAGUUAAAUAUACAAAAGGGAAAUAAAACUAUAAUGUAUAUAGAUAAUGAAUUUAAAAUAAGAAUCAUUGGUGGCCUAAUGAAAAUGACUGUAUAUAAUGACUAGUUACUAAUACGAAGUUACCAUUAGAGAUUAUCAAUAUACCUACGAUUGUUACCAUGAUUUGACUUGACGCUUUGAUCUCGGACUGUCUAGAACACAAAAUGACUAGUGUAGUAUUUUGCCUAUAUCCCUUUUAGUCUACAUCGCAAACGGUCUAGAACACAAAAUGACCACAUAUAGGUA